CAAUAGAUGAUCCAAUAUUAUUCAAAAACUCAUUAUCAAAGAGAAAAAGAAAAGGCAGAUCCAAGGAAGGUGGUUAAUCUGUCAAUCCCAUCAAUCAGUCACUACCAAUCAUCAAUCAAUUUUUUGUAAAAGCAAACAUUUCAAUUUUACAAUAAUUCCCUCUUCUUCUUUUUCUUCUUGGAUAUGUCAUCAUCUUCUUGCUCAUCUUCUUCUCCUACUUCGACUACAACUACUGCUACCACUACGACUACUACGACUACGACUACGUUAUUGUCUCAACAACAACAGCUGCUGGACCACCACCUUCCUUCUUCACCUGAGCAGCUAUGUUAUGUCCAUUGCAACAUUUGUGACACUGUCCUUGCGGUUAGUGUUCCUUGUUGUAGUUUGUUUAAAACUGUGACAGUGAGAUGUGGACAUUGCACUAAUCUGUUGCCAGUCAACAUGCGUGGCCUUCUUUUGCCUUCACCUAAUCAAUUUCAUCAGCUUGGCCAUUCUUUCUUUUCUCCUUCUCAUAACAUUCUCGAAAAUAUGGCUACACCAAAUUCUAAUUAUCUGAUCAACCAAUUUGGAGCUACUACUAACAAUUUUGGUAUGCCAUCUCGAGGAGUUACUGAUGAGCUCCCUAGGCCACCCGUCGUCAACAGACCUCCUGAGAAGAGACAGAGAGUGCCAUCUGCAUACAACCGUUUCAUCAAGGAUGAGAUCCAACGCAUUAAGUCUGUGAAUCCCGAUAUAUCCCAUAGAGAAGCCUUCAGUGCCGCUGCUAAGAAUUGGGCCCACUUUCCACACAUUCACUUUGGUCUCAUGCCCGACCAGACUGUGAAGAAGACAAAUAUCCGCCAGCAGGAACAAGGAGAUGCUCAGAAUGUUCUGAUGAAAGACAAUGGAUUUUAUGCCUCAGCCAAUGUUGGUGUCUCCCAUUUCUAACUCAAUUGUUGGUGGGGUUAUUACUAUUAUUAUUAAUACAUAUGGGAUAUCAUCAUGUGUUGAUAUAUUAAUAUAUAUCUUAAAUACUCUCUCUAGCUACUAGUUCUAAUUUAAUUAAGUUUAGCUACCUUGUAAUUUCCUUUUAAUUUAAGGUUUAUGUUAAUUGUGAACUAGCUUAAUUACUAUGUAUUUGGUUCACUAAUAUGACUGCUUAGAUCAAUGCAUCUUUGUGUUGUGAUGCUACUCAACUAUU